AUGCCGGCCGUCGAAACCCCCGUCGCGUCUUCAGAAAUUGGUCUCGUCAAGAUGGAAGACCGGAAGAGGCCCGCCGCCGAGAGCAAUGACUCGGCCCCGCCGUUGAAGAAGCAGGCGACCACUGCUAAUGGUGGCUCCAAGCCCCAUCCGGAUGCUGAUAUGCCAUGGAAAGAUGAUUUAGAGCGAUUUCAAAAAGAAGCGAUUCUGCGUCAAAUGGCUGAGUACAGGCGGGAGAGAAAUUCAUUGGAGUCGCGACUGGAAACAAUGUCCAAAGCCGCCACGUAUCAUAAUGACCAUCUCCGCAUUAUCGAUUCGUGGUUCCAGCAGUUAAUUGACGAAAUGAAAAUACUCCUCGGCUCAUCACAACCCGAAGACAAAGAAACCUCUUUCAAAAGUUCUCUGCAGUUCGAAGAUGCCGAAGAAUUCCAGUUACAUCUGGCCACCAGAUCGGAGGAUAUUCGCGCAAUAAUUUCCCAGGUUCAGGCCAAGUCUAGUGAUGCGCCCGCCGAGGUCUCGGAUUUACAGACCCGCCUUGCCAAGAAGCUUUCAGAGGAGAAGGCCAUUAUUGCAAAACUUGAGAGGACGCUAGUCGAGAAGCAACAACUGGAGGAGCACCUGGAAGAAGCCUCUUUGCGGUAUAUGAAGGCCGAACAAAGAGUGGACCGUGCGAAGAGUAUGACUGUUGCGAGAUUGGAGAAACAACAACUCAUGGGUAGUCAGCGACCUGGAGAGACCACACAAUCGAAGCGAGAAGAGUCAUCACCAGCCAACGGCGGCACUCCGGUAUUGGACCGCAACCCAGAAUUGGAGGAAGCCCACAACAAAAUCAAAGCGGUCACAGAAAAGCAAAAGGAACAAAUACAGAAGCUGGAGGCCGAAAAUGCCAGCUUGCUCAGUCAAAUCACCGAAAACAAAGUCAAGUCCACGAAAUUCACCGACGACGACUACGCACAUACAGAUCUGUUCAAACAUCUCCGGUCACAACAUGACGAUGUAGUUAAGCGCAUCAACCACCUGGAGGCGACGAACGUUCAACUUCGCGAAGAAGCAGAGAAAUACCGAUCAGAAAGGACCGCGUACAAAAUGCAACUGGAAAACGAAACCUCAAGUACAAUCGCGGAAAAAGAGGCUCAGUUGAUGAGGGCCGAAACAGAUCUUGCCAGAAUACGAAACGCCCGUGAUGAACUACUGGCCGAUCAGCAAAUGCGAAAGGCUGCUCAGGAUCAAGAGAAAACAUCGGGGUUGAAGUUACAAGAACUGGCAGAUGCGCGGGAGGCUCGAAUCACAGCUUUGGAGUCGGAGAGCCAACGGUUACGGCUCCAAAUCGAGGGAUCCAAGACCGAUGAAAACAUUAACGAUAUGCCGCUCGAGGAACUGCGCGCCAAGUACACCAGUCUGGACCGCCAGUACUCUAUGCUCAACACCGAGUUGACAUCCAUGCAAUCAGCAUACAAAAAGUUCGCCACACUCGCUUCGCAAAAGGUCACUGACUUCGGCGCGAUGGAAGAGAAGGUUGCCCGAUUAACGGCAGAGAAGUCGAAAGCAGAUCAGAAGUUCUUUGCCGCUAUGAAGAGCAAGGAAGCUCGGGAUGUGGAAGUCCGCACUUUGAGAAUGCAAAGCUCGAAAACAUCUGAUAUUGUGUCUCAACUGAAGGAAUCCGAGACAAGCACUCGUUCAUUGUUAGCAAACAUGGACAAGCAAGCCAGUGAGACAAAAGAGGCUUUGGGUUCAGCCAUGGCAAAGCAACGCGCUAUUCAACAACAGUUGACCGAGACCAAUAUCCUCACUGAAGGAUUGAAGAACCAAGUGGCAGAACUCAAGGCACUCUCCGUAUCCAAGGACUCUACGUUGGGAACCACCAACUCUUCGUUGCGCCAGGCAGAGACCGAAGUUGCCGCUCUCAAACAAUCACUUUCAGAUACCAAGAAAAGUCUGGAUAGCUGGAAGAACAAGAGUCUUGGUAACUCGUCUUCAGAGUAUGAAAUGUUGCGGACUCUGGCAUUGUGCACAGUAUGCCGUCAAAACUUCAAGAACACGGCGAUCAAAACAUGCGGUCAUGUUUUCUGCAAAGAUUGUGUCGAGGAGCGUCUCACGUCUCGUUCGCGCAAAUGUCCCAACUGCGGCAAAUCCUUCGGAAGCAACGACCACAUGCACAUCACCCUGUGA